UGGUAAUCAAUCGAUUCACCCCACUCCGAGUUCGACUUGGGAGAUUUACAAUUGUAUAAGUACGAAAAGGUGCUUAAAAAGUGAACAUUAACACGAAAGCGGAAAAAAUGAUGUUCACAGUGCUACUGGUCUUGUUUCUUCAGAAUGUCACGCCUAUAUCAACUACACCUUCCAAAGAUUGUACACCAAAACCAACUGAUAUUGUGUUUGUUCUUGACGAAAGUGGGAGUGUUGGAGAAGAGAAUUUCAAGUUACAAAAUGAAUUUGUCGCCAAAUUUGUGGAAGGAUUUGACAUAGGCAAAACAAAAACCCAAGUUGCCGUGCUAACAUUUUCAUCUACAAUUGAAGUAGAAUUUUAUUUGAAUUCAUACUACGAUAAAACUCAGAUAUUGCAGGCUAUAAGGGAGAUAAACUACACACAUCCAGGAUUGACAAUGACCCAUAAAGCUUUGAUAACUGCCAGGACUGAAUUGUUAGAUCAAGCCCACGGAAGACGAAGUGACGCUUUACCCUUUGUUAUUGUUAUGACGGAUGGCAGAUCUAUGAUUCCACCAGUCACCAUUUCACAAGCCCACCAACUUCACGCACUUAAUGUUACAGUUUUUGCUAUUGGAAUUUCAAGCGAGGUUUACGAAGACGAGUUGCACGGAAUUGCUUCAAGUCCUAAGAAUGUCAUUGUUAUUAAUGACUUUAAAACUUUAAUGUCAAUACAGAAGAAAGCUUUGAGUGGUGCAUGUGACGCUUUAAUGAAAAAGGUCCAUGGAGAAAACUAUACUAGGACAACUCCUACAACAACCACAACUCCUACAACAACUACAACUGCAACCACAACAACUCCUACAACCACCACAACCCCUACCACCACCACAACCCCUACCACCACCACAACCCCUACCACCACCACCACCACCACUCCUACAACAACAACAACUCCUACAACAACAACUCCUACCACCACUACAACAACCACAACUCCUACCACAACCACAACUCCCACCACAACCACAACUCCUACAACAACCACAACACCAACUCCUACCACCACAACUCCUACCACCACCACCACCACUCCUACCACCACCACAACUCCUACCACCACAACUCCUACCACCACCACCACCACCACCACUCCUACCACCACAACAACUCCUACAACAACAACAACAACUCCUACCACCACUACAACUCCUACAACAACAACAACAACUCCAACCACCACUAGAACAACAAAAACAACAACAACAACAACUCCAACCACCACUACAACUCCUACAACAACCACAACUCCUACAACAACCACAACUCCCACCACCACAACAACUCCUACAAAAACCACAACAACUUCUACCACCACUACAACUCCUACAACAACCACAACUCCUAAAACCACAACCACUCCAACUACCACUACAAUUCUAACCACCACCACGACAACAACUACCACAACCCCUAUUACUACUAAACCGACUACAACCAUCCUUACUAAAAUUACACCAACCACAACUGUGAAGAAAUUUACCACCUCUACAUCAACACAUUCCAAGACAACAACAAUGGACAUUCUGAGUUCAGGAAGCAACAUCACUUGCGAUUUUGAGUUUUCUACAUGCAGUCUUUUACUUCAAUGGCCUAAAUCAAAUACAUCAUGGACAGUUAAAAAUGGAACAACUAAUUAUUUGGCAAGAGGUCCCGUAGUUGAUCAUACAAACCAAAGUUCAUUCGGGCAAUUUGUGUACAUAAAUGGAUCCUCAAUAAAAGACAACAACGGAGCAUACAUUGUCACUCCGCUGAUUAAGCAAUCACAGAGCGAAAUAUUUUGCCUCCAGUUUUAUUUUCAAAUGUUUGGGAAAGACACUAAAGAGCUAAAUGUAUACAUUACAAAUGGCUCAAUUUCUAUGCAAGAUGCAAGUCUUGUCUGGUCUGCAUCAAUGAACAACACAAAAGACUGGACUCUUGCGUUUAUGACCAUUAGAUUAGGAUUCACUUCUCGGAUACUUUUUGAAGCUAGGUAUACAAAAGACAAAAAUGGAUUUGCAAUUGACGACAUAAAUACAGUUUUUGGGAAGUGUAAUGAUUCCACCACACCACAUAUACCGUCAACACGUGAUAUAAGUACACCUGUUCAAUCAACAACAUCGUCCAAUCUUGCUUCAAGUAUAAUUAACAGCUUGCCGGUUAUGCACAUCUCUUCGAAUGUGUAUAGAACCACACUGAGACCAAGCAGUUCACGGACUUCAACCAAGACAAAUUCACCGUCCACGCCUACGUACAGACCCGCUCUUACGUCCACAGCUAAAUUAAAUCCAACAUCGACUCCGGCGUCUAUUCCGGGUUCAAACAUACAGCAGAAUAAUCAAAAUGGAAUCCGUAACACGGCCCCUUCUACAAAAACAUCCACCGGAAUAUAUAGUGUUAACACCGAGCUACAAAAACAUCGAUCGCCAUUUCUUAUUCCGGGAUGGUUUCAAAUAAUCGAAAUCGGACUGAUUGCUAUCACUGCUCUGGUUGGCGCUGGGCUUCUUGGGUGUUGUUGUUUUAAGUUCUGCGGAGGUAAAAAGGAAGAAGAUGAAGAUGAUGAAGAAGAUGAAGAUGAGAACAAUGAUUAUGAUGCUUAUACAUCAGCAUGGAAAGCCAAUCACAGAUCUCCAGUGGCAAAGCCUGGAGGGUGGAUCAACGGUUUUUAAUCUGACAAAAGUUGCCCAUACGAGUUCUGCUGUUAAAUCAAAUACUGGCAAACGCUUGUACAUGUUAACAGAUAGUAAUUAACACAGUAAUAAAUAGAUUGCAAUGAC